AUGGAAGACGGUAUUGUUGAUGAUCAAGAGUGGCAAGAAGAAGUUGUUGUUCUACGCUCCGGUAUUGAAAGAUUAACUUCCAUGGUUCAAGACUUGGUGGCUUCUCAGAAUCAGCCACUAACCCAAGCCCAGACUACUGUGAUCUCCGAGAUAGAGACCGCUCAGAUUCCCGCAAUUCUUGCAAUUCCUGUGAAGAAUCCUACGACCAUUAGACCAUAUGGGAUAGAGAUGGAUUUACAAUUGGCUGGACAACAGAUUCCUGUUCAACAGACAACAAUUCCUCAAGCUAUUAUGACUGCUACUCCUGCUGUUGUAAACACUGUUCCUCUUCCCAACGAACAGAUUUUCCAUGGUGCUCCUUCUGAAGGUAUGGGUAGAUUGGAAGAAUUUGAAGACCAAUUUUUGGAAAUGCAAAAAGAGAUCAAGGCCCUUAGAGGAAAAGAUCUAUUUGGAAAGGAAGUGAAUGAUUUAUGCUUGGUUCCAAAUGUCAGAGUUCCGCCCAAGUUCAGACUCCCAGAUUUUGAGAAAUACAAAGGGAAUUCUUGUCCUCACAGUCACCUGAUCAUGUAUGUAAGGAAAACGUCCAUGCACACUGAAGAUCAACCCCUGCUGAUUCACUACUUUCAAGAUAACUUAUCUGGAGCUGCUUUGAAAUGGUAUAUGGGUUUGGAUAGUACUCACAUCCGUACUUUCCAUGACCUCGGUGAAGCUUUUAUCAAACAGUACAAGUACAAUAUUGGUAUGGCACAGGACAAAGAUCAACUCCGUGCUAUGUCUCAAAGAGAGAAAGAGUCCUUCAAAGAGUACGCGCAAAGAUGGCGUGAAUUAGCUGCUCAAAUCAUUCCUCCCAUGGAAGAAAAAGAAAUGACCAAGGUGUUCCUUAAAAUACUAAGCACAUUUUAUUAUGAGAAUAUGGUAGCAAGUGCUCCCAAUGACUUUACUGAAAUGGUAAACAUGGGGAUGCGGCUUGAAGAAGUUGUUAGCCAAGCUCCACCUCAGAAUGUGCAGAAGCCUCAGCCUCAACAGCCUCGACAACAGGCUCCUCAACAAAAUCAACAAAGGAAAUAUCCGCCUUUUGAUCCUAUUCUGAUGACUUAUACGGAAUUACUGCCUUUGCUUCUUCAAAGGAAUCUAGUUCAGCUGAGGGAUCCUCCUCCUCCUCCUGCUAAUCCACCAUUUUGGUACAAGACGGAUACUCGCUGUGCUUUUCACAAGAAUGCUCCCGAUCAUACUGUGGAAAAUUGUUACCCUCUCAUGAGUGAAGUACAGAAACUGAUGCACAUUGUAUUCUGUGGACUUAACUAUUUUCCUCCUCGUGAUUACAGUGCUUAUUCAGUUUGCUCAAACUCCAUUCAAGGAUGUGAAACUGUGAUCAAUGAUCUUCAGAAGCUGUUGGACAGAGGAAUCAUCAGUAUAUCAAGGAGGAAAAGAAGUGAAGAUACUCAUUUUGUUAAUAUGGUGCAAGGGUGCCCUGGGAGGUACCAAGUAUGGGAUAUCCGUUUUAUCAGAGAACCAUUGGUCCUAAUGCAUAUAAGGCUAUGCCGGUUGGCUUUCUUUCAACAUGAUCAUAAUGCCUGUAGAAUUUGUUCUAUGAAUCCUCGAGGCUGUCUUCAAGUUAGAAGAGAAAUUCAGAAGAUGUUGGAUGAGAAGACUCUCCACAUUACCUAUGAAAGAGAUGAUGACAUUAAUAUGGUGACUGCUAAAUUUCCGGUCCCCGAAGUUAUGGAGAUAUCUUAUGAUAGUCAAAACAUGGUUGUUAUUCCUCUCACAAUUCAAAUGCCAAAUCCAUUUCCUUACAACUCAAGUACUACUGUUCCUUGGAGAUAUGGUGCCACCAUCAUAACAGGGGGAGAAGAAGUUAAACAUGAACCUGAGUCAACUAUUGUGAACAUUGCUGAUGUAAGCCGUAUGACUCGAAGCAGUCGUUUGUUUGCACCAAUUCAUCCUAAACCAAAAAGUAAUUUGGAAGUACAAGUUCCUCCUCAGAAGAACGUGCCUAGGGAAGAGCCUGUUAUCCCUAAACCCGUCUUUGAAACUAAAGAUGAUGAUGCGGAAGAAUUUUUUAACCUAAUCAAGAAGAGUGACUACAAGGUAGUUGACCAACUCCUUUAG